AUGUACGGCGGCGGCUAUGGCGGCAUGUAUGGGCGCUCGAUGUACGGGGGGUAUGGAGGAGGAAUGUAUGGCGGCUAUGGCGGCUACGGUGGCAUGUACGGUGGCAUGUAUCCUGGAAUGAUGGGACAGGGAAUGGGCAGCAGCUAUGCUGAAAGCAUGUGGCGCAUGACACAGAUGCUGGAGAUGAAUAGUAUCAUGCUCGAGCAGCUUCAGGAGCAUGUGACUGUCACUUUCUACCGCCUUCGAGAUGUGGUCGAGUGGAUUUGGGCGCUCAAAAACUCCUCCGACUCCGUGAAGGAUAAGCCACCCGAAGAGGAUGCCAAGAAUGAAUCAAAGGAAGAGAAGGACGUGGAAAUGAGUCGGGUUAGAAGAAGAUUCAAAGCGCUUAUGCUCCUGCUGGGCCUGUUCAUGUUCCUCAUCUUUCGUGACAACCGUCGCCAGAAGAAGAGGUUGCUUGACGAGACCAGCUGGCUCAAGGUCGUGCAGCGAGCGUACCACAAGCCGGCGCUGAUCGCUGACGUCACUGCUGAGUGGGAGAAGAGUGGGGAGCUGUCUCCCUUUGGAAAAGAGGCCGACCAUGGCCUGGUGUACUGCACCCUGCAUGACCUGCAUCGAGCCAAAGCUGGCUUGGGAAGGAGUAGCUCGGAGGUGAAGCUGCCUUCAGUACCGCCGAGGCGCAUCGCGCCUGUGCCCAUUGGUGGGCUGUGGAGAUGGCCUGGUGGUCCACCACUACCCGCAGAUGUGGAGUCGAUCAUCACAGUGACAACAGCCAGUAUACCGCCAUCAGCCUUAUCUGUCCUCAGUCGGAGUUCCCCGGCAUUGACAAAGAGUCAGCUGGCUCCGUCUCUUCCACAGGCUACGCCGCCGGUAGGAUACCAUCGCAUAAAGACUGCCGAAGGCUCAGGCCAGGCACCCGAGGCACCCGGUCCUCGCCAAAGGCGAUGA